AUGAAUGUAUCAAAAAAAGACGAAGAUUCUGGCAAUUUGGGAAUAUUUUAUCACUUGGAUAAAACUACAGUGCUUCAAGAGGCUCGAGUAUUCAACGAAUCACCCAUUAUUCCACGAAAAUGCCGCCUCCUAUUAACAAAAAUCAUAUACUUAUUGUAUCUUGGCGAGCCAUUGGGAACAAAGGAAGCAACUGAGCUAUUUUUUAGUGUAACUAAAUUAUUUCAAUCUAAAGACAUUGCUCUACGACAAAUGGUUUAUCUGGUAAUCAAAGAACUAUCAACUAUUGCCGAAGAUGUAAUUAUGGUGACCAGUAGCCUGAUGAAGGACAUGCAACCAAAAUCCGAAGUUAUAUAUCGCGCUAAUGCCAUCCGAGCUUUGUGUAAGAUAAUCGACGCUUCCAUGCUUCCUAGUGUUGAGCGAUUUCUCAAAGCAGCAAUUAUCGACAAGACUCCAUCAAUAUCAUCGGCUGCACUGGUCUCAAGCUAUCAUCUCUUUCCUGCGGGUAAAGAUGUGAUCCGAAGAUGGGCUAACGAAGUUCACGAAGCGAUCAAUUCAAAACCAGCUUCGUUGGUGGGCAGCGCUUCUUCAUAUCUAACGUCUUUUUCAACCGGUGCUUCUUCAUAUGCUACACAACCAUCAACAAGUAAUAUAAAUCAGUAUCAUGCCUUGGGACUACUCUAUCUGAUUCGUCAGCAUGAUCGAAUGGCUGUGACAAAAGUGAUUCAACAGCUUGCUGGAGGUGGUAGAGGUGGUUUUGGAUCCUCGAGUAACGUGCUUCGUAAUCCGUUUUCUUAUUGUUUAUUAAUUCGAUAUGCUGCAAAGAUUCUUGAUGAAGAUCCAAACUCAAGGCAACAAAUGUAUGAAUUACUGGAGGCAUGGCUACGACACAAGAGUGAUAUUGUUAAUUUUGAAGCUGCGAAAGCUAUUUGUCAUAUUAAAGAUGUCACUGCCAAAGAAUUAUAUCCAGCAAUUAAUGGCAAGUUUGUUUUCCUUUCUUCGCCAAAACCAACACAACGUUUUGCAGCAAUUCGUACACUCAACAAACUAGCCAUGACUCAUCCAACAGCAGUCCAGCCAUGUAAUUUAGAUAUGGAGAAUCUGAUCACCGAUCAGAACAGAAGUGUUGCUACUUUUGCAAUAACUACAUUGCUCAAGACAGGAAACGAGGCGAGUGUUGAUCGACUAAUGAAACAAAUAACAGGAUUCAUGAGUGAAAUAUCAGAUGAAUUCAAAGUGAUUGUAGUAGACGCGAUUCGCUCCUUGUGCCUUAAAUUUCCCUCAAAGCAAGCAGUUAUGCUGAACUUUUUAAGUGGGGUGUUACGUGAUGAGGGUGGUUACGAAUUUAAGCGGGCGGUAGUUGAGGCGAUAUUUGAUUUAGUAAAAUUCAUCCCGGAAUGCAAGGAGGCUGCACUUGCUCACUUGUGUGAAUUCAUUGAAGAUUGCGAAUUCACAAAACUGUCUGUACGCGUUCUUCAUUUACUUGGUGUUGAAGGACCAAAGACAGCAACACCCACCAAAUAUAUACGAUACAUUUAUAAUCGUGUCAUUUUGGAAAAUUCAAUUGUUAGGGCGGCUGCGGUUAGCUCACUUGCAAAGUUUGGAGUGAGUGUCGGGGAUGUAGAAGUGAAAAAGAGUAUUAAAGUUUUAUUGACAAGAUGUUUGGAUGAUAAUGACGAUGAAGUACGUGAUAGAGCCACUUUAUAUCUAAAGCUUUUGGAGGACGAAGCAGGUGCCGAAAAAUAUGUUAAAGAUGAUUCAACAUAUUCUCUUUCAGCCUUGGAGGAACAACUUGUCCAGUAUGUAAGCACACUCGAAGCAACUGAAAAACCUUUCGACUUGUCUGCAAUACCAAAAAUCACCAAAGCACAAGCUGAAGCUGAAAACACACGUCCACGAAGCAUUGAUCUUAAUACGACAUCUCAGACUCUUGGAAGUGUCAGUGCAACAAUUACCCCACAUGUUGUUAAUACUUCGAUUUCCACCGCUAGCAGAGAUGUAACUACUCCUACACCAACUGGUCUAGUUCAACAACACUCUUAUGCUCCGAAAUUGGCCGCAAUUCCAGAAUUUGCUUCGUAUGGUGAAUUAUUUACUAGUAGCAACAAACCUAUUGAGCUGACAGAGAGCGAAACCGAAUAUGUUGUUAGUUGUGUUAAACAUAUAUUCAAGGAACACAUUAUUUUCCAGUUUAAUAUUACAAAUACAUUAAAUGACACAUUAUUGGAAAAUGCUUCAGUUGUCAUGCAACCGGAACCAGAUGAUGUUUCGCUAGAAGAGGUUUUAGUUCUUCCAGCACCAAAGUUGGCAUACGAUCAACCUGCUUCUGCCUAUGUUGUUUAUAAACGUAUAAAUCCCGAGGAAUAUGUGCUUGGCUCUUUCUCGAACACAUUAAAAUACAUUGUCAAAGAAUUUGAUCCUACCACGGGUAAAGCUGAAGAGCAAGGCUACGAAGAUGAAUAUCAGGCAUUUCAGGUUGAAGACAUUGAUUUACUUGCUGGUGAUUAUGUCCUUCCUACAUAUUUGAGCGAUUUCAUUACUGCGUGGGACCAACUUGGUGAAGAUGGACAAGUAGUCGAGACAUUCGCAUUAACCGCCAUGAGUAGUCUACAAGAUGCUUGUACCAAACUAAUCAGUCUGCUUGGUAUGAGCGAUGUCGAGAAUACCGCCACUCCUCAAUACACCAGUCUACAUACACUACUACUGUCAGGAACUUUUCUGGGUGGUAUCAAAGUACUCGCUAAAAGUCGAAUGACGUACGCGCCCAGUUCUGGUGUAACUAUGGAACUAAAAGUGCGAUCGCAAGAUAUAGAAAUAAGUCGUUUCAUGAUUGGCGCGAUCGCGUGA